AUGGAGAAAAGCCUAACAGAAAAGCAAACAAAAGCGAAGAAAAAGAAAGGCAUUUGUGCAUUGUUCAGGAGAACAUGGAAGGCUGUAAAACAUGCCAUCCUCCGUGGCAACAAAGUUUCACCUUAUCCACAGCCGGGUCCAUCUGGUCUUGAGCCAAAGGCUCUCCAGGAUCCAGCUGAUCCACAGCCAGGCUCUUCCGGCCUCAAUUCAGAGUUGAUGCCUGAUUCAGAUCCAUCCAGUCUCAGGCCAACUUCUCACACAACAGAUCCCGAUGGAUCAGUGCCAUUUGUCUCCCAGUAUGAAAAGGGACAGAGACUGGGAGUAGGAGGUUUCGGCACUGUGUUUAAGGGGACUUGCAUAUCUGAUGGCCAGCAGGUCGCCAUCAAGAUCAUUCCUAAGAAUAAGGAGGAUGAUUAUAUUGUUGUUUCUGGCUAUUCCAAGCCAUUGAUCAAGGAAGUGGGUCUAAAUCUGCGGGUGAAAAAGUCUCCGACAAGCCCCAACAUUGUCCAGAUGCUGGACUGGUUUGAAGAGGCGUAUCAUCACAUGCUCAUCUUGGAGUAUCCGCAGCCUUGCAUGACCCUGAACAGUUUCCUUAAGUUCAACAGGCGUCGCGUAGAUGAAAACCAAGCACGGCACUUUAUGCUCCAGGCAGUUCUCGCAGCCAAACACUGUAUGGACCGCGGUGUCGCUCAUAAUGACAUCAGGUUGGAUAACAUCCUGAUCAAAACAGACACGCUGGAGCUCAAACUGAUAGACUUUGGCUGUGGAGAACUUAUUGAAGGUUGUGAUGAUGAAGACAACCAAAGCAGAGGACAUGUUGUGCCGGAGCUUUAUGUGGCACACAAAUAUGCGCUUAGUGAGACGGUGUUGUCUCUGGGUAACCUACUGUACAGGAUGGUGGAAGGCCAGUCUGCUCUAGAAAAUAAUCCAAAGUUUGAUUGCAACCGCUGCUCAAAAGAAUGUCAGGAUCUGAUACGCCUCUGCAUGAAAUAUAAUCCAGAUGAAACACCAACGUUAGAGCAGCUGUUAGAACAUGAAUGGUUUAAGCAGGGAGAUGAUCAGGAGUAG